AUGUCGGGGCCCCGGGGGCCCCGCCCCUCCUCCAUGUUUGCCUUCAAGCUGCAGCAGCAGCAGCAGCAGCAGCAGCAGCAGCAGCAGCAGGAGCAGCAGCAGCAGCAACAGCAGCAGCAGCAGCAGAGGCAACAGCAGCAAGCAACAGAAGCACAGCAGCAGCAGAACCAGCCACAGCAGCAACAGCAGCAGCAGCAACAGCAGCAGCAGCAGCAGCAACAGCAGCAGCAGCAGCAGCACCUUGCAAUUGCCACUUCUUUAGCAUCGAGGAGCCGCUGA